AUGCCGGAUGAGCCGCGUCGCAUCAUCUUGGAGAAAUCCAAGACCGUUAAACGCCGGUACCAGCGCAGCAACCAACGAUUCCAGUUCACCGCAUCCCAGAUCGCGCGACUAGAUCGCGAGGAGGAGCGAGAAAAUAGAGCGAAAAAGCUACGCGAGAAGGAGAAGAAACGCAUCGCCAACAAGAAACGGAAAGCCGAGCAAGAGGCGCAAGCCCGUGAGGAGCGGAAGCGUCGCGGCAUCCCGGAUCCCCAUGCAGCCCGCGUCCCGUCGAGUCAGCCGCUGCUGUCAAUAUUCCUAGGAGCUGGGAAGCGACAGUCACCCGCUGCACCGGAGCCAGCGCCAACGGUUACAGAGAUCGAAUCACAUGAUAACACUUCGGAGAGCGUGGGUGGAGAUACGGAAGCUGAUUCGGAUGCCUUUGACGACUUGGACGAGGUAUUGAAAAAUGACCUAUCCGACCUUCAAUAUGGAGGCGUCCCGAAAGAGCUUGAAGAACAGGAUAUUGGCACCGCGACCCGGACUGCAUUCAAGGACGAGGAUGAGUUCUCGGACUGCUCCGCGUUCGACGACGAAGAGGUUUUGAAAAAUGCCGAGAUGGCUGCUACCACGCGAGCGACUGACGAAGAAACGAAGAACCCUUCUAUACCCAAGGAAUCAUCCUACCUACGACCUCCCCCGGCUGUGCUCACGCUAGAAUCAUCUUUCGGGGAAUCUUUCCAGUACGACCCCGCCGAUUUCCUUGAAGCCGAAGCGGCUAUUAUCAAACAAACGAGUAGUCAUACAGCGAGAGACGAGUCUCCAUCCAAAGAUAUCUCCCUUUUACAACCUCUUUUAUCUGAUCGACCAUGCAGUAGACCCACAUUGGCGUCUUUGGGAGAUUCCUUUCGCGACGAGACUGCGGAUUGGAUUGAAGAAGCAUUUGCACACGGAAGCGGCGACCCUUUUGACGAACUUAAUAAAAAUCCCUCUUAA